AUGGAGGAGUCAAUAGAAGACCUUCUAACACGGUGGGGAAUGCCCGCCGACGUUGUGACAUUCAAAAAUAACGGGAUUGAAGUAUGUCAUUUGAACAAUUUAUCUGAUGACAACCUAAAAGAGUUAUGUUCUCAUAUGGGCACUAGAAUUAAUCUGAAGAAAUGCUUAUCUGAAUAUAAUGAUGCACAGAUUGAUGAAGAUUUUAAAAAUUUAUAUCCAGGAAAAGAAAAGGAAUUCGAAAAUAAGUGGCAAAAGUUUUUUUAUAAACUGAUAGAAUUAAAAAAAUCAGAAAUAAGAACUGAUGAUUGUAAAGAAAAAUUAUUAACUUCACUAUCUUCUAUGACAGAUGAUGAGCAUAAAAUUCCAUCGCAACUAAGUUUGAUGAUUCAUUUGGUGCCCCCUAAAGGCAGGAGCAGUCAAAAAAAGAAGUUUUCUAUUCAAGAAUGUAUGGAUAGUCUUAUAAUAAUAGUAGAAAAUCCUGGAGAUCUCACAAAAACCAUAGAAGAUCAAAAAAUAAAAGCAAAAAAGUUCCCUGUUCAACCAUAUAUAAUAUUAUUAGGCAGCCUACAGGACGUCAAGCAAUUGUACUUAGUGAUGGAUGAAAUUAGAGUCACUGAAGGUGUGGUUCUAUUCGAUGUAGCUCAUAAUUUUGGGGUCCGCGUAGACCAGGCGAAGAAUGCUCGAGCAUUUUUCUAUUGA